AUGGGGCUCUCCAAGUCGACGCGCAUUAUGAUCUUGCUGGCCAUUGAUACGGGCUUCUUUUUCCUGGAACUGGUCGUGGGCUAUGCAGUUCACUCGUUGGCUCUUGUCGCCGACUCUUUCCACAUGCUAAACGAUGUCAUAUCGCUCCUGGUGGGGCUGUGGGCCGUCAAGGUCGCAAACCAGAAGAACAAUUCCAAGACAUACACAUAUGGAUGGCAACGCGCUGAAACAUUGGGCGCCCUCGUCAACGGCGUCUUUCUCGUCGCCCUUUGCCUCUCCAUCUUCCUCGAAGCCAUCCAGCGAUUUGUCGAGCCGCAAGAGGUAUCGCACCCCAAGCUUGUCCUCAUCGUCGGUUCCUUCGGUCUCGCCUCCAAUAUCAUCGGCCUCUUCCUCUUCCACGACCACGGCCAUGGUCAUGGCGGCCAUUCCCACGGCCAGGAUGAGCAUUCGCAUGCUGAAGAGGGCCACUCCCAUUCUCAUGGCGCCGAUGCCCACGACCAUGCAGUCGCCGACGAGAGCGGCAAUGUAGCUGAUGUGCUACCUCAAAACCGCGUGGCCUUCCCCUCGACCAUUACACAAACCCCCACAAGUGCCAAGGAAGCUGCCGGUUCUUCGCACGCAAACAAACGCCGUUCUUCUCUAUCCGGAAAGAAGGCUAAGCGCCACAAUCGGUCACAGUCACGCAACUACUCUACAUUGGACGAGAUCUACGUGCACCCUUCGUCGUUCAGGAACAGCAUUAUUGAGUCUUCACGCGCCCAUGAGCACGACGAAACAGACGAUGAUGAUAACGAUGUUUCUGGCGAUUCUGCGGCUACUGAAGAGUCUCCUCUGUUGGCCAAUUCCAAAGGUCACGGCUCGCAGAAACACUCGCAUAGUCCACCCAAGAAGGAUCACCACAAAGAUCACAACCAUAAGCAGCCCAAGGAGGCCAAAUCUAGUGGUGGCCACGGUCACUCUCAUGCGGAUCUCAACAUGCGUGGUGUCUUUCUUCAUGUCAUGGGUGACGCUCUAGGGAACAUUGGCGUCAUUGCCACUGCGCUGUUCAUCUGGAAGACCAACUUCUCAUGGAGGUUCUACGCCGAUCCUGCAGUCUCUCUUCUCAUUACCGUUAUCAUUCUCCUUUCAGCACUCCCAUUGUGCAAAGCUGCCUCUCGCAUUCUUUUGCAAGCCGUUCCUGAGCACCUGUCCAUUGACGACAUCAAGGAGGAUAUUAGUGACCUGGAUGGCAUCGUCUCGUGCCAUCAUCUGCAUGUCUGGCAGCUUUCUGACACCAAGCUCAUCGCCUCGUUGCACGUCCAAGUUGACUUUGACUUCAAAGAUGAGGGCUCUGCGCGUUACAUGGAUCUUGCAAGGCAAAUCCGUGAAUGCCUUCACGAAUAUGGCAUCCACUCAUCCACCAUCCAGCCUGAAUUCUGCCUCAACGCCAGUCACGACCACUCAUCCGCCGGUUCAGACGAAAGCAGUCCCGAGGACGUUGGCAGUAAUAGCAGGAACCCUAGCGUAAAGGGUGGUCCGGAUGCUUGCCUCCUCGAAUGCCCUGACAGCUGUGGCAAUGCCAAGCAGUGCUGCGAUCCUGGCAUCAAGGCAUGUCAAGGUACCAAUAGCUCUUCUUGA